AUGUCGGAGACCUUUUCCAGAAAGCUUGCCGCCAGCGCCAACCAGGGACCGCGUCAGUCCAGGUCUUGUAAAGUUUGCCGCGCUCGUAAGGUCAAGUGCGAUCGCGUGAGACCCUGCCACGCAUGUUGUACUCACGGAUACCCGUCCAAAUGCGUGUACGAAAUCGCUCCUGGCGAAGACUUCAAGCCGAUUUCCCAGCUCGAUGAGAUUCGCAACUUGCGUGCUGAAAUCAGGGAAUUGACGUCGAGACUCGAUGGCAGCUCGAGUCGGUCAAAUCGACGCUCAAAACAGCUGCACACUCUGUUUAAGACCGUCCGAUCUGCCCCUGAAAAUGUGGUAGACCGUCUUCUUACAGAAAUCAGAGGCUCUCACAGAGAGCCGCAUCGGCUGGUUGCAGCCCCUGAACCUUGGCAAGGCACCGAAGAAUAUAGUGAUAUCAGAGGCCCUGACGACGACGGCGAAUCCCCGGAGGCUACAGAUGACGAUUUGUCGCGCCUGAUGAUCCAACGCAGCUUUUCCCGCGAUUCUUCCUCAACAAGCGAUGACUCUGCCUACGGGUCUAUCUGUCGGAUGGACGCGAGCAAAUCCAUGCUUGAUGUUUUUAUUGAGCGAUUCGUUGACGCCUUUAGUCCCGAGGUUGACAUCAAGUCUGGGCAAGCCGGGGCGAUACGAAGGGCUGCCGAGAUCCGCAUGUUUUCGCCCAUCCUGAGCGAUGCCUUCGACUCGGUCAGUCAAGUCUUCUUCGGACGGUCUGUACAAAAUAAGUCGAUUGAAGUACAGGGUUUCUCGUAUUAUCCUCGUGUCCUACGAAGCUUGCAGGAGGCUUUGUUAGACUCUGAGCGAAGCAAGGCGGAGUCGACACUGGCUACUGUCAUAUUGCUGAUGGCGUUCGAGAGUGUCGAGCGUACUUCUCACGCAUCAGUAAUCGCACACGUAAAUGGCGCCGUGCGUUUGAUCGAGCACCGCGGCCCGGAAAACCAUAUGUAUGGCGUCGAGCACCUUCUAUUCACCGAGCUUCGUCCAUACUGGGUAUCUGCAUCUUUCAACCGCCGCGCCCCCUCCUUCCUUGCCCGAGAAGAGUGGAAAACAAUACCUUGGGCCGCUGGCACCACUCAAAAGAACAUCCUCCACUACCUACUAGACUUGGCAGUCGAAAUCCCAACCAUGCUAUCGCAAUCCGAUGAACUCGAAGCCGGAAUAAACACAGGUAUACUCAGUAAUCAUGAAAAGACGGUCAAGCAGGCGGCGUUAUGGAACGAACUCGGUGAUCUCACAAACCGGUUCGCCUUGUGGAAGAUCAACUGGGUGGAUGGUUAUCCAGAUGGCCCACCGCGGGAAGUUGAAGCCGGUGACGGGAGCCAGUUCCCCGUGUUUCACUUUCGCGACCUCCGCACGGGCGCGGUCGUUACACCCACAAAAUUCGAAUACCCCGACCUCCUUCUUAGCCAAACGAUGUGUAUAUAUUUCACCGUUCGUUUGAUAUUGUCGUCCGUCGACACGCGGCCUGCAGAUCGCGUCGGGCCGCUAGAGCAGUACGAUCUCGCGUGCGGCAUCUGCCGCAGCCUUGAGUGGUACAUUUUGAAGGCUCCCGGAAACAUGAUAAAUCGCCUCGCAUUCCCCGUUCGUGUCGCGUGGGAGGCGUUCCCGAGCGGUGGCCCCGAGCGCAGGUUCCUCUACGAUGUGUUGAAGUUGGUAGAGAAACGUCACUCCUUGGGUUUGUGGGGAAGUGACAUGGAGGAGCUGUCUCCGAGACAUGGGUCCCCUCCAAAGGCUAACUCGCCUCCGAGAACAGAAGCCUAG